AGAAACUUCGCUUCUCACUGUUAAAUAGGCAUUCCAGAUGGGAGGAGGCACCCACAAUGGAAUGAGAACUGGAUAGACUUCUGGUAGGAAGUGGCAUUGGAACUGAACUUUGAAAGAAGCUAGGGAUUGUCAAAGAAAGAAAAGAUUGCCCAAUCACUGUAGGGCCUCAGUCCUCCACAGAUCCUCACAAGCUGUUGCUAUUGAUCUGCCUUGUAGCAUUUUCUGUUAGCCAACAGAGGGAAAGGGAUACAGCUCUCAGUACCCUCUCUCAGAACAAGCAGAAUAAUGGUGGAAUCAACACUGGAUUUACAAACAGACUACCCUGUGAAAAGAAGCACUCUUAAGAGAUAUAAAAUACUCUCUGGGGUUCUUUGUGUUUUGUUGGUGGUUGUGUUAUUUGGCCUAGGCCUGGCACUUGGAUUAAGACCACAAGAGCAAGGGAGUUGUAGAAACAAAUGCUACGAGCAAUCCUACAGAGGUCUGGAGGGCUGCCAGUGUGAUAGUGGCUGUAGAGACCGGAAGAACUGCUGCUGGGAUUUUGAAGAAACUUGUGUGGCAUCAACUCAGAUAUGGAAAUGUAAUGUAUUUCGUUGUGGAGAGACUCGGCUACCUCACAGUCACUGUUCUUGCUCUGAUGACUGCUUGCAGAGAAAAGACUGUUGUACUGAUUAUAACAGUGUUUGCAAAGGAGAAAGCCUCUGGGUAGAUGAAGAAUGUAGCGCUUCUCAGGAGUCUCAGUGUCCAGAGGGGUUUAGUCUGCCACCUGUGAUUUUGUUUUCCAUGGAUGGUUUCAGAUCUGAAUAUUUACAUACAUGGAGCACACUGAUGCCCAAUAUCAACAAACUGAAAACGUGUGGAAUACAUUCGAAGUACAUGAGAGCAGUUUAUCCAACCAAAACCUUCCCAAAUCAUUACACCAUUGUCACAGGUUUAUAUCCAGAAUCCCAUGGCAUCAUUGACAAUAAUAUAUAUGAUGUACAUCUUAACAAGAAUUUUUCACUUUCUUCAAAAGAGAAAUUCAAUUCAAAAUGGUGGAAUGGGCAACCUAUCUGGCUAACAGCUAUGUAUCAAGGUUUGAAGGCUGCAACCUACUUUUGGCCUGGCUCUGAUGUAGAUGUUAAUGGCACAUUUCCAUCCAUUUAUGUGAACUAUAGCAAUUCUGUUCCAUAUGAAGAAAGAAUUUCUACACUGUUGCAUUGGCUUGACCUACCCAAAUCUGAAAGACCAGAUUUUUAUACCUUAUACAUAGAAGAGCCAGAUUCUGCUGGACAUCAAGGUGGACCAGUCAGUGGUAAUGUAAUUAAGGCCUUAGAACAAGCGGAUAAGGCUUUUGGAAUGUUAAUGGAGGGACUAAAACAAAGGAACUUACACAACUGCAUCAAUAUCAUUCUUCUGGCUGAUCAUGGAAUGGAACAGACAUACUGUGAUAAGUUGGAAUAUAUGACUGAUUACUUUCCAAAAAUAAAUUUUUACAUGUAUGAAGGGCCUGCCCCUCGCAUCCGGUCUCUCAAUAUCCCAAAGGACUAUUUUACUUUUGAUUCUCAAGGAAUUGUUGAAAACCUCAGUUGCAGAAAAGCAGAUCAACAUUUUAAGCCCUACCUGACUCCUGACUUGCCCAAACGACUACAUUAUGCUAAAAAUGUUAGAAUUGACAAAGUUCACCUUCUUGUAGAUCAGCAGUGGCUGGCUGUAAGAAAUAGAAAUUAUAAGUCUUGUGGAGGUGGUAAUCAUGGUUAUAACAAUGAAUUUAAAAGUAUGGAGGCUAUCUUUUUGGCACAUGGACCAGGGUUUAAUGAGAAGAUGGAAGUGGAACCUUUUGAAAAUAUUGAGAUCUACAACUUAAUGUGUGAUCUCUUACGCAUUCAACCAGCACCAAACAAUGGAACUCAUGGAAGUCUAAACCAUCUUUUGAAGCGGCCUUUCUAUGUUCCAUCAUACCCCAAAGAAGUGUCCACUCUUUCUUCUUGCCCCUUUGUUAAUCCAGAGCCCACACAUCGUUUAGGUUGUUCGUGUGCUGAACUAGAUCAGAAUGCUGAGGAACAGAUGAACCAAAAUCUAAAUCUCAAAGCAGAAGAAGAAAUAGAAACACUGAAGGAAAAUUUACCCUAUGGGAGGCCCAGGAUUACACAAGGAAGCAAAAAAUAUUGUCUCCUUCACCAGCACGACUACGUGAGUGGAUUUAGUCAAGAAAUCCAUAUGCCACUAUGGAGCUCAUACACAAUCUCUAAACCUGGAGACACAUCACCUCUUCCUCCCACUGUUCCAGACUGUCUGCGGGCUGAUGUUAGGAUUUCUCCUUCUCAGAGCCAAAAUUGUUCCAUCUAUGCAGCUGAAAAGAAUAUCACCCACGGCUUCCUCUACCCUCCUAUGUUCCACAAGGCAGCCAACAGACAAUAUGAUGCUUUACUUACAAGCAAUUUAAUUCCCACUUAUGAAGCAUUUAAAAAAAUGUGGGACUACUUCCACAGUGUUCUGCUUGUGAAAUAUGCUACUGAAAGAAAUGGAGUGAAUGUGAUUAGUGGACCAGUGUUUGACCACAAUUAUGAUGGACGUUCGGAUGAGCCCCAAGAAAUUAUAGAGUUUGUAAAUAAUACUGACAUUCCCAUCCCAACUCAUUACUUUGUGGUGCUGACUAGCUGCAAAAACCAGACUUAUACUCCACUAGACUGCCCUGGUUCCUUGGAUGUCUUGCCUUUUAUCAUUCCUCAUCGAUCUACCAACAUAGAAAGUUGUCCUGCAAAUAGAUCAGAGGACCUUUGGGUUGAAGAAAGAUUUCAGGCUCAUACUGUUCGGGUGCGUGAUGUGGAACUUCUCACAGGACUUGACUUUUACCAAGACAGCAAACAGACUGUCUCUGAGAUCUUACAGCUAAAAACAUUCCUGCCCAUUUUUGAGACUCAAUAAUGGAAUAUAGAAAUAUGAUUUUGGAGAAUAUGGGUAAUCAGCUGUUCCCCUGCUACAGGUUUACACAAUGAAGAUAGUUAUUAUUUCUUCUUUAGCAUUAAA